CACAUAUAUGGCGCGGAUUUCGUAUCCUGUGUUUCGUAAGUCGAAUUAUUAGAUCUUAAUGAUUUAACAAAAAUCAUGACAUAGCAAUGAUUUCUGUCUUACGGCUUCCUCCACUAUCUUUUUAAAGGGCUGUGAAGAAAACAGCCAUGCAUUUUGUGUGCAGCAUCUGCGCUGAGCAGUUUGACCGCGAGGCUGACGUCUCGGCCGUGCCUUGCGGACACACCUUCCAUGAUCACUGCCUGAUGAGAUGGAUGGAGCAGUCCAACACUUGCCCACAGUGCCGGCUCAAUGUCAACAGGCGCAGCGUCAUCCAUAAACUCUUCUUUGACCUUGCUGAGGAUGAGGGAGACAACUGCGAUGUAGGAAAAGUUAAAAACGAGCUGGAUACAGUACGCCUGGUAGUGAAACAAAAAGAACGUGAGAAAAAUGAACUCUUUGAAGAGCUUAAAGCUUUACAAAAACAGCUUGCUGAGGUGGAAAAGAACAAGCGUAAGACUCAUGAUAUGUACAAACGAGAGCAGCAAACCAACCAGUCCCUGAGGAGUGAGUUGAGUUACUAUCAAGAUCAGCAGAAAGAGGCUCAGAAUUGUAAAGAAGAGACCAAGAGACUGCGGAAGAAACUUCAGGAUUUACAGAGUGUAGAGUUGGUUAUAAAAGGUCAGCAAGAAGAUGUCCAGGAGUUGGUCAACCACUGGGGCAGUGGAGAGGGGGCGGUCAAGCAGCUGUGUACUUACGUUACCCUCCUAAAACAAGAGCAGACCACUAUCAAACAGGAGAGGAAUCAGUUGCGCACUGACAUAGAUAAGCACAAAAAAGAAUUAGCGUCCAAAAAGAAACUUUUGCAGGACAGAACGGAGGAGUUAUUAUCUGCCAAAGAAAUGUUAAGGAUGUCGGAGGAGGAUUUGAAACACGCGGAGAAAGAGAGGAUGAGUCUCAGAAAGAAAAUUGAGAAAUUGGAAAAAGCAAUUGGCUCCCCAAAUAGCACUGCAGCAAGUUUUGCGCACAGACUCUUACACGAGAGCCCAGCGCCACAACUAUCCACACCUGUAGGGGGCGACACUGAGGCCAUUGACCUUGAUGUGACCCCUGACCUGUUUCAGUCGCCUGUACCCGUCAAACCCAGUCCAAAUACUGUUGCCAAACGAGAGUGCAAUGAGAAUAACUUACAAUAUGUUAAAAUUACUUCUGCUGCUACAAACUCCACAAAUAAUCCUGCUAAAAAACUGAAAUGUGACUUAGAGGACAUUAGCAACAUGCCAGAUUUUGGUCAGUACUCCAUCUUUAACAAGAACAAAGCUGGUAGUCAGUCCUCUGUGUUCAGAACUGGUUACAACGGACUCGGGGGUCAUAUGACCUUUGUCCAGCCCCUACCAAGACCACUCACUGCGAAAGUGAAGUCCUCCAAGGGACCCUCACUGAAAACAUUUAACAAAUCUAGUAAAAGGCCACCAUUGCCAACACUUAGUAGGUUUGUUUCACCUGAACCAAAAUGACUUUGGGAGAUUUUGGACUUACUAAGCACAGCAAUACUGUCACAGUUUUACACGUCGCGAAGAGGAAUGGAAUCAAAAUUCUUUUGGAUGAAUCGUACCAUUAGUACUUACACCUAUCAUAGAUUUAUGUUAUCAUUGGGCCGUUGGCAUUGUUUUUUUUCCCACUGAACAAGAUGUCACAAAUGUUUUUCAAAAAUCUUGAUUUAAAAUUGAGGAUAAAAUUUGUUACAAUUUCAACUGAUUUUGACUUUCGUUAUAUUUUACAAAGAAUAUUUUGCAUUUUUCCUCGGCUGCAGUGUGCUCACUUGGAGUGAUCUUUAGUUUUAUAGAUAAUCAAGGAAAAAAUGUUGAAAGAUAAUGUUUGAAGAUUUGGACUACUGGAGAUUAUGGGCUUUUCCUGUCUUCACUUUUCUGAAAAAAUCAAUUUCUCUUUUCCUAUUUUUACCAAAAUUGUUUAAAUCUCCAGAUACUGCAACCUGUAACAAGCCAUUGUCAGAAGAAAAUGUUAUAACAGAUGUUUUGAGGAAAUAUUGCUUACAUUUAAAUUAUUUCUACUUUUCAUUUUAUAAAAUUGGUUGUUCUUCAGUUUGGAGUAUUUGUAAUUAUAUUAAGCCAUUGAAGAAUUCUGCAUCUCUGAGUCUAAUUUCAAAUUGCUGACAAUGGCAAUAGUUGCAGACAGGUUUUUUCUGCGGAAAAGCAGAAUACCGCUUUUUUUAAAUUCAAUUCUGAUUGUUCCUGAGAUUUGUCAAGGUUAGGUGUGGGAUCCCAUGUUUAGAGGUUUUUUUAAACCUAGGUUCAUGUCUGAAGAUGUCAAUUCAUGUGUAUAAUUAAUAUCUCCUUGUUUUUUUGUGCAUUACUAGAUUAUUAUCAGUGGUUAUUAAACAACUUCUGUAGCAGACUUGCUAAAACAUAAUGUCUUUAAAAUUAUUAUAUAAA